AUGGCGCAGGAUAGGGGCACCAGCAGAGGGUUUCUGAGCUUGGAUGCAACCACCCCAGCCUGGGAGACCGAACUCACACCAAUGAAUCAAAGUGGCCAGGCCCUCCCUCCAACUUUCGACGCGACGAGCCUGACCCUGCUCCUGCUCCUGCUGGUCACUGCCCUGGGAGGACUGGCGGGAAACGCGGCUGUGCUCUGGCUCCUGGGCUUCCGCCUGCGCAGGAACGUCUCCGUCUACAUCCUCAACCUGGCGGGAGCUGACUUCGUCCUCCUCUGCUGACACAUUGGAGGUUCCCUGAACGAGCUCAUCACCUGCGGCCGGUCCAGCCCCAGCUCCAGCUCCAGCUUUUUCACCGUGUUGCUGAUCUUUGUUUACCUCGCGGGCCUGAGCUUUCUCAGCGCCAUUAGCACCGAGCGCUGCCUGUCUGUCCUGUGCCCCAUCUGGUACCGCUGCCACCGCCCCAAACACUUAUCGGCUAUCGUGUGUGCCCUGCUCUGGGCCCCGUCCCUGCUCCUGAGCAUCCUGAAUGGGAAGUACUGUGGCCUCCUGUUAACGGAUUUUAACCUUGUUUGGUGCCGGGUGCUGGAUUCCAUCGCUGCCGGGUGGCUGAUGUUCUCAUUUGCGCUCCUCACUGGGUCCAGCCUGGCCCUGAUGGUCAGGAUCUUCUGCAGGUCCCAGCGGAUUCAGGUGACCCGGCUGUAUGUGACGCUGGUGCUCACAGUGCUGGUCUUCCUCCUCUGCGGCCUGCCCCUCGGCAUCCACUGGUUCCUCUUAAUCUGGAUGCAGAAAGAUUUGUUUGUGUUCCCCUAUAAUUACUGGCUGGUGGUUUGGGGCCUGUCCUGUGUCAACAGCUGUGCCAACCCCAUCGUUUACUUCUUCGUUGGCUCCUUUAGGCAGAGGCAGCCAAAGAGGCGAGGACGGCAGACCCUCAAGGUGGUUCUCCAGAAGGCGCUGGAGGACACGUCAGAAGUGGAUGAAAGUGAAGGUACCCUUCCUCAGGAAACCCGGGGGCUGUGGGCAAGCAGUCUGGUGUCCUGA